CGCGCGCGAGAAACCGCACCGCGGGGCGCCGCGACGUCGUCGCCGACCGGAGACGGCUGACGGCGCGAGUCGACGACGGCGCGGCGCUGCGGACGACCGCGCGGUCCGUCACGGACCUUUGCGGAUCAUCUCACGCCGCCGCCGCCGGUUGACCGACGCAAGGACGAGAGAGGAACCGGGGGGGACCGCGCGCUCCGAACCGACCGCGCGCGCCGAAGCGCUCACGCCGUCGACCCCCCCUAGGCGAAGAUGAAGACUAUCAACGGCACCAAGUUCCUCGACAUCCCCGAGGGGGUCGAGGUCACUUGCAAGUCGCGGACGGUGUCCGUCAAGGGCCCGCGCGGCGAGCUCACGCGGACGUUCAAGCACGUGCAGCUGGAGAUGGAGAUGACGACGAACGCGGCGGGCGCGCCCCAGCUCAAGAUCCAGCUCUGGUUCGGCACGCGCAAGCAGAUCGCGACGAUCCGCACGAUCUACUCCCACGUGGAGAACAUGGUCAUCGGCGUCACGCAGGGCUUCUGCUACAAGAUGCGGUUCGUCUACAGCCACUUCCCCAUCAACGUCGCGCUCAACGGCCGCGUCGUCGAGAUCCGCAACUUCCUCGGCGACAAGCUCGUGCGCAAGGUCAAGCUCCUCGACGGCGUCGACUACGUGCGCACGGCCGACGUCAAGGACCAGAUCGAGCUCACGUCGAACGACAUCGCCGCGGUCUCGCUCACCGCCGCGCGCAUCCGCCAGUCCUGCGACAUCAAGCACAAGGACCUGCGCAAGUUCCUCGACGGCAUCUUCGUGAGCCAGAAGGGCCCCAUCCCCAAGGAGGACUAGACGCGUCCGCUCCCCCGCCCACCCCCCGCGCCGCCGAGGCGGCCGGCGUCGCGAUGCGCCGGCCGCGCCGAGUUAUCUUU